AAUAGCCUAGUGAUCUUAAUAGCAAAAUGGGGAAGCAUUCUAAUAUACUAUUCGCUCUUUCUGUGUGUACCUUUCUGAGUGGGAGCCUCUCAUCUCCUUUUCGACCUUCACCUUCAUCCAAUCCAGGACACUUUCCUCCAAAUCCACCGCCAUUCCCUCCAAAUUCUUCCGAAUUUGCAAGUGAUGAUUUAGGACCACCAUGUGGACCUCCUCCAUCAGACUUUCCCCAGAACUUAACUGAAUUCCAAAAUAACGCCAGUGCGCCAUGUAGACCACCUCCAUUUUCCAGACCACCCCAAUUUCUUUCAAAUUCAUCUGGUUUUGAAAGCGACGCAGGAGUACCUCCAUAUCGACCUCCACCGUUAUCUAAUCCACCCCGGUUUCCUCCGGAUUCGCCUCAAUUUCCAAGCAGAGACGAAUCACCCCCGCGGGGAUUUACUUCAGGACAAUUUUCACAAAAUCGGCCAGAAUUCAAUCCAGGUUUUCCAGGAUUUUCGAAUGACGAUUUUGGAUUCCCAGGAGGUCCUUUUCCACAGUUUCCUCAGAAUGGACCUGCAUUCAUAAAUAACUCCAGCGGACCAUAUGGCCCUCCUUCAUUCUCUAGACCACCGCAAUUUCCUCCAGAUUCACCUGUAUUCGCGGCCGGCGCUGGAGCCUCGUUUGGACCGUCAUCUAAUCCACCACCAUUUCCUAUAGCAGAUACACCUUCGAAUAAUUUUUCACCUCCUUCCUUUUCUCGUUUCAAAUUUACUCGUAUUUCUGAUAAUGCAGCGCAAGUAUCUUUUGGAGGAUCUGAUUGCCAGUUUGGAUCGGACACAGAUAGCUGUGAAGUGUUUUGCGCUUCGAAAAACUUCCGGCAAGGACGUUGCAACACAGGAAAUCAUUGCGUGUGCUCUGAAUUCUCAAGUGGCGGUCCAGCAUAAAAAUAGAUGCUUUUAGAAAAUUCCGAGGAGUCAAGACAAUUAUAUUGCACAAUAUCAAUCAUUGUUAAAAUAACUUGUUGCACUUCAAUCAAUAUUGUUGUUCUAAU